GACCAAAGUACAGCUGAUCUGGUGGGUGUGUUCAUCCCCUACAUCCAGACGCUGCAAGGACUAUCCAGUCGUCUAUGCCAUUGCCAUCACCUCAGACCAUUGCUCUGUCUACCUGAUGUUGAAGGGACUAAUUGAUGCAGAAAAGGAGGUCUCAAAACUCAAGACCAAGCAGGGAGAGGUUCAGAAGCAGAUUGCGAAAUUCAGGGAGAAAAUGUCCAAAGCUGACUACAGCACCAAAGUGCCUCAGAAAACACAGAACAUGGAGGUGGAGAAGGUGACGAGGUUGAAGGAGAGCAAAAUGGAACUGCAGAAAGUGGAGGAGGCCAUGAGGAAAUCUGAGAAGAUGAUUUGACCUGUUG